UCUGCUGCUGCCAGUGCCGUGGGUGGAGGGGGACGCAUCUGGACCGGACUCUUGCUCGCAGUUUCAGCUCAGGAGGUCACCACCGCGCCGAGGAGACCCAUGAGCUUCGAUGAGGAGCUGCAGUGUCAUGUACUCCGACCUGCACCGAUGUGGAUAUGUCAGCUGGUGUGUGGAGCCUGCAGAGUCGCCGGCUCCAGCAGCUGCAGCUUCAGCAGGUACAGCAACUCUGCAACAUUUAACACAAAGUCAACAGUCUGCCAGAUCAAAAUUGUUCCCACUUCUCAUUCUGGCGCCAUCAGAAACCAGCGGAGGAGAAGCAACGAUUCCCCAUCAGUGCCCACAGGAAACUUUCCUUAAGAAGAAACACUCCUGCAAGAUUUUACACAAGACUGAACACAUCACUAAUAUCCACUGUGAUGAAGGGAAUGACAGUGACGACAUAUUCACCGAACACAAAAGGAACCUGAGACUGCCAGAGGGAAACUUCCCGAGCAAACAGGAAGCACCUCUUCUUUAUUCUGAGGAAGGAAACUUCCUCUUACCCAGGAGCAGCCCGGUCAUCUCCAGACGCCGCAGGCAUGUCCCCUGGCAGGACGAGCGAGACAAAUCUCCUAAACCAUCACGCUCGGACUGUCCAUCUCCCUCCACUGGUUCGCCGUCUGUUGAUCAGCAUGAGUGGCCCACGGCCAGCAUAGAGGAAGACCCCGGUUCCAAACGGAGAUCCCGUCGACCCCCGUUCCCAGUCCAGGCGGAUGAAAAGCCGCGGUGUGUUUCUCUGUCGUCAGAUGUUAACAGCAUGCGAAGUGGUGACCAUCAGUCCCACAGCAGGGAUCAGCAGGGACUGGCCAAGGAGCACAGACGGCGAUGCCUAACGACUCCUCAAACUCUAGGCAAAGAGCACAGUGGUAUCCCAGAGUUCCCUGCAGACAUCUUCAGGACCAGUUGUGAGCUGGAAAAGGAAAAUGCUCAUUUCAUCGUGGUGGACUUGGUGCUGGAGGUGCUGGAAGGCGCCAAGUGGAGUCUGAGCUUUGGUCAACGGACUUCCAGGAAAGAGGACCAUCAACACACUGAGUGCAAUACGUGCAUGCACAAAAACACAAGCUCUGAGCAGGGCGGUCUACAAAACAAACCCACAUGUACGAUGCACAGAUGCACGCUGGACUGCAGCACAGGUGAUCCUGCAGGAGAGAGCUACAAAUCCAGACACUCAGACGAUGACGUGAGGACGUCACACACAGACACGCACUUCUCUUAUGGAGACCAACAUGUACAAGGAAAAGAUGAGGAAGAAUCAGAGAAUGAGGAUGCUGAUGAUGAAACAAAGACUCUCUCAGUCCUCUCCACUGACAGCGGGUUUGAAGACUCUGGAUUCAACGCAGAAAAGCUGAUAUCAGCAGACUCUCUCAGAAAUGCGGAGUGGUUGGCGCAGCAGCUGGUGUCAGAGUUCAAGAGGAGGUGGCUUCCCUCUCGUGAUCUCCGGAGAGACCGGCAAAGCCUCCGCACCUCACUUCAAGAGCUGGCAGGCAGUGAAGUUGUGGCGGCGAGCAGCGGCAGCCUGGCGGAGGAGAUCCAAUUGAGGACCAGGAUGAGAGGAUCCCUAAAUUGGGCACCACCUCGCUUCCAGAUCAUCUUCACCGUUCAGCCCACACACAGACGCAGUGAUGUAGUGGCUUCGCAAAACUUCCUGUGUGCAGGUUGUGGGACCGGAGUGGAGCCCAGGUACAUCAAGAAACUGCGGUACUGUGAAUACCUCGGCAGGUAUUUCUGUGACUGCUGCCACAGCGGCUCUGAGGCUGUGAUUCCUGGACGAGUUCUGUCCGGCUGGGACUUCAGCAGGUACUUGGUGAGCAAUUUCUCCAAACAGCUGCUGGAUUCUUUGUGGCAUCAGCCUCUGUUCGACCUGAGCCGUGUGGGAAAGACGCUUAACGGAAGGGUGAAAGAGGUCAACAAGUUCAAGGACCUGCAGGAACAGCUGUUGGGCAUCAAGAAGCUGCUGACAGCCUGCAGAUUCGCUAGAAGGAAGCUGGCUGAGUUUGAGCAGCUCCCUGCUCACCUGAUGGGGCAGCCACUCCUCUUCUCCAUGGACGACCUCGUGAGGCUGAAGAAGGGCCAGCUGCUGGCGCAGGGCCGAGCAGUGCUGCAAUCGGCCGUCGACCAUGUUCAAAGCUGUGAGCUUUGCCUGGCCCGAGGUUUCAUCUGUGAAUUUUGCAAAGAAAAAGACAUCAUCUUUCCGUUUCAGAGCGACAUAUGCAAGCGCUGUACAGUGUGCAAGGCGUGCUUUCACAAACACUGCUUUGAGGAAAAAAAGUGUCCGAAAUGUGAACGGAUCUGGUCCCGGAUGAAAGUCCAGCUGCGUCCAUGACCUCAUGAACUACUGCGGUGCGCGUAACACUUGUACUUAUUUAAGCUACAUUUCUAUUUCUGUGAUGAAAGUUCUACAUAAAGAUUAUUUUUUCAUUCA